AAGCAACCAUAAAGAUAGAGGUGUCGAACAUGUUCGGACGGGUUCGUCGCGAAGUCGAGAUUCACAGUGCAGAACAGUCAAAAGAAAAGGAAAAAAAGUUGCCUAUUUUCUUCUUGUGACAAUCCAGCAGUAAUAUUCAUCGCGAAUAGAUCACCGGGCACGACCAGACUCGGUUGGAAACGUUCGUUCUUUCCCGUUCGCUCUCUGAUGAAUAAACGGCCCGUAGCAACACGCAACAUUUGUCUGUGUUAGUAUUUUUUCUGACAGUUUGAACCGAUGUAGUAGUUUUCACAGGGAGUUUUUUCCAACUCACCAACAUUUCCAAACACUCAGCAGUAAGCAGAAAGAAAGCAAAGGCGAAGAAUAACAACACUACGGAUGCGUAGCAGCAGUUGGUUCCAGAAUGUGAUACACAUUCAUUUACGUGCCGAAAUUCGAGUAUUUAUCUUCGAACUAUUGUCACUGCAAUUUUGUUUGCAUGCUGCCUUAAGUAAUCAAACAACUUUUCACAUUCGUGGGUUAGAUAGAACCCGCUGAGACCAGAAGAGCGAGGGAGAAAAGGUGAACAAAAGAAGUUGCGACGGAGUUGUCAUAAAGACAGAAGAGAAGCAAAGAAAAAAAAACACACGGCGAUCAAGUGUAAGGAAAAUUGUGUAACUGUGUGCAUCCCAGCCAGCAUCCCGGAGCCCGUUGUAGUUGGAACAAGUGACAAAAGAAUUGGAAAUAUAAAAAAAAACGAAGCAAUAAAACGGUUCCAGACUCGCGCGCGGCACGUCGCAGCCAUGGGAGCACGAGUACGGUACGAUAUUAGUAGUAGAAGUCAAGAGCAAAGUGCGAGCCAUCCGAAAGCAUAGCAUAGAGGAACAUUUUAUUGCAUAAACAUACGAGAACCGGACUGGUCCGACAGAAAACAAAAAAAAAUACGUAGCAAAACCUCUGCAAUUUCAUUCCAGUUGUCCACCGACAACCAGAUUGAGAUAGUAUCUCAGAACGGCAGAGCGAGCGUGUGUGUGUGUUUGUGUUGGUAACGGUGUGGCAUUUUAGUGAAAGAAAAAUUCUGACUUUGACGUUCGUAUCUUCAUGUCGGUCGUGAGGAAUUUUUGCACCUCCAGCAGCAGCAGUAACAGUCUAGGAUCAAACUAUAGCAAUUGUGCAGCAGACAAAAAAAAAGAGUUCAAAUAAUUGUGUGAAAAACAAGUGAAACUCUGAAAAAGGCAUAUGCUCUGAUGGUUCUACAUUGUAGUGAAAUAUAUGUGCAGCUUACUUCACAAUAGAGGAAAAGGAAGCAUUUAGAUCCAGCGCAGCAGCAGUAGUGGGGGUAGCGGCGACGACGGGAAGUGUACCGAGAUUGAUAAUGGUGUAAUAAGGUUGAUCAAACUGGGCUGUUACCAGCGAAUAAACCGACAUCAGCAGCUCAACGGGUUUGGUAUUUUUGGGACUCCGUGUUCGAGUAUUUUUUUUUGUUUCCUUUCGUUGAAUCGAUGCCAGAACGCGGCUGAUAAAGUAAAGUGCAAAAGAGCAAAGAUUCGCGUACGUCUCCCCCUCACCUAGAGGGGCAGUCGAAAUCGAAGAAUGGAAAAUUUACGUCCAGUUGUGAAGCGUUGUGCCGCUUUCGUUACGUUAUAUUGUGAACGAUAGUGAUAGUGUGAAGCAAACCCGGGGAGGGAAAGAAAAACCGAGAAAGAAGAAGAAAAAAAAAGAAGAAAAAAAAAACAGCAAAUCUUAUCAUCGUUUCGAAGUGUAAUAUGCAUGUAUCAACACAUUCAACAAGCACGAGCUACAGUAACAACAAUAGUAACAACGGUAACAGUCAGACCAGCAACAACAACAACAACAGUAGCAGCAGCGGCAACGAACGAAGCGUGAAUUUGGCAAAUACCACAGGCUCCGGUUCCGUACAACCGACAUCCGCCAGUUCGGACAGUCAGUACCACCUUCACCGGCGACAGACAGCGGCCAGCAAGACAAAUUCCAGUGACGGCGGUGAUGUUCAAGGUCACUACCAUCAUCAUCAGCAGCAGCAACAGCAGCAGCAGGACCAAAAGCAGCCCCAACAACAUCAUCAUGGUGCAAUCGUAACUACAGAAUGUGAUACUGAGGCAGAGAUUCCGGCCUCUGUGAUCAGCAGUGUUGGCACGGUAAACUACCAACAACCGGCGGGCGCAGUUCGGCAGCUGUACGUUGUGGCACCGGUCGGUUAUGCCGGCGACGCCAGCAUCAACCUCACCGCAACAGCCAGCAGCGAUGUGAAAGGUCAACCCUUCGGCAGUGCUAGUGAAUGUGCCAAUCAUCAUCAUCAUCACCCUAGUGGCAGCAGCGCCCAGCAACAGCACCGGCAGGAUACAACCCGUAGCAUCUACGGCCUCGGCAACAAGAUGAUAUCGCAAUCCUCGACUGUUCAAAAUUCAGCAGCAUCGGCGGUGGCGGCAGCGGCGGCGGCGGCGGCAGCAGAAACGACUGCAGCCUCGGUGGCUGCAGCCGCCGCAGUCUCAUCAGCUAACACUAGCAAUGGAAGUACAAAUCAACCUCGCCAGCAUCCGAAGAAACGGAAGUUUGAUCUGGCCGAGCUCGAGGAAAUUGAAUCCCACCGGGGCAGUGCAGGUGGCACAGGGCCACCACCGACGGACACGGGCGGCGGUGGUGGAACGCCACUAAUCAACGGGAGCAAUACUAGCAACAGUACUGUAAAUAACAAUAAUAGUAAUAAUAGUAACGUUAGCAUAAGCAACGAGCAUGCAAGCAUGAACGAGACUAACACCUCGAGCAGCAGCCACACGGAACUUCCAAACAGCAGGCCACCAUCGGCAUCGGCGUCACCUUCGCUGGCCAGCAGCAAUAGUAGCAACACCUUAGGUGCAAUAAUAACGGUCACCUCGGUGACACCACAUCACCACGUGCCGAUGGACGAAGUCAGUAGCUGUAGCAGCCCCAGUAGCAACAACGGCACUAUCACUGGAUCGAGGUCACACCCGCAACAUUACGGAAUGAUUGGGGUAGGAGGGGGCAGUAUGCAGCAGCAGCAGCAACAGCAGCAGCAACAACAACAACAUAGGCAUCUUUUACUUUCGGCGGAUUUGGCACGGCCUCAACAGCAUCAUCAGCAACAGCAAUCACAAACGGUUCGGAUGCAACAAACUGUGGAUGGUUAUUAUACAAAUAAAAAAAUCUACACCAACGUAUCUUACGGAUCUCCUAUUAACAACUACAAACAGGCAGUCACACCACCAACCACAUUGGUCCAGUCGGUACAACAUCAAAUGUUGCACCUGACGGCGCCUGUUUCGUCGUCAGUACCGCAACUGCAGCAGCAGCAGCAACAGAACCACACGACAGCUCCUCCGGUGAGCAAUGCUGCUUCUUCGGAGAUCGAGUCGCAUCACUGCAACAAUGCACCACUACCACCACAACCACAGCAACCCGCGAGUACCGGGGGACUUGUCAGUACAUCCACUACCUCGAACAGCACGACGCUGCUACCGUCGACCGCGGUCGCGUCAUCUUCGGCAUUGACGGCUAGUGCCGCCCCAUCAAGUCUCAUCGAUCUGAGUGACUGGUCCAACCACUGUCGGGUGUUGGCGAAACGGAAAGAUUUCUACGAGUCCGGUGUGAUACGGGCUAGCUCUUCACCGAGUACGGUGGUGGUGCAGUUCGACUUCCCCGAAGGCAGUCAGCAGGUGUACGGUGACGUUUUUGGCGCUGGCCGCUACGACAUUAUCGAUGAUGCCUGCCCGUCGGCGGCCGAUGUGGUACCCGGCUGUCGGGUCUGUGUCAGGGCACAAACCGUUCCGCCACAUCCGGCUGGUAACGUUUUUGUGGAAGCCGUCGUUAAGGAGAUACAGAACAAUACCAAGCACUUUUCCGUUCAACUGAUAGGACCGGCAAGUAAUGCCCAAGAACCUUCACAGAUUAAACUGGUGAAAAGAGUGGACAUCCGAUUGCUGAAACCUCCAUGGUGGGAUGAACUGGAAGAAAUGGUGGAAGCAGUGGAAGGCGCCCGAAACAGGAACCAACCGGUCCCGGUAAGUAAGUCUGCCCCCACAAGCUACCACAAUUCGGACGCAUUGGGGACGAUUUCGUCGGCUCCAACGAAUGCCAUCAUGUACAGUCAGAACAGUAUUCCCGGAGGCAUCGGAGGAAAUGUACAGUAUAAAACAAUCAGCAUUACGCAAGGUCGCGGAGUAGCCGCGACAAAUGCUGCUACGUCCCGUUACGACUCAGGACAGCUACUACAGCAACAGCAGUCACCUGUGCCAUUACAAAUGCAACAAAUACUUCCGACGUUACACGCCAACGAGGAACACUACCGGACGGCUGCUACUUCGCCUUUCCAAACGACUCAACUGACAACCGGAGGCAGCAGUAGCAAUGCGGAUGGUCAACCAACAACAACACUGAUGGCAAGUAAUCACUACCAAGCAGCACAUCAUCUAGCCCAUCAACAACAACAACAACAACCGCAAUCGCAUGCAAGUAACGAACUGAUGGCGCCCAGUACCUCCAAUACAGUAUUAACCUCUGGUGGCAGUCCAGACGAUUUGCGUAGCACAAAUCGACCGUACAACUAUGACUACGAAAGUGAUGACGAACUACGACGAGAGGAUAUAAGUUUUCCGAUGGAUGGAGAAAACGAAAAAUACUCAGGAAGCAGCAAGCGCAGUAGCAUGCAAAGCCGAGGCAGCACAUCCAGCCUGCUCGAUCAGCGCAGCACUCCUAGAUCUCAACCAGCAACUCCAAGAUCUCAAGCGGCAACGCCCCAUCGCUUCAAGAAGGGCGAUGUCGUAUGCACUCCGAGCGGUAUAAGGAAAAAGUUCAACGGCAAACAGUGGCGGCGGUUGUGUUCGAACGAAACCUGCUCGAAAGAAUCUCAAAGGCGUGGCUACUGCUCGCGACAUCUCAGCCAGAAGGGCAACGCGCUACGGGCAUCCACCAGCUCAACUGCCAACCAUUUCAAUAGUAGUCGCUCCAGUAGUAAAACACAACUGGACGAGGACACCUCACGGGAUUCCGAAACGUCGCCAAACUACCGGGUAGCGGGACGGUUUGACCAGGAAGAAACGGACGUGGCUAACAUGCUCGUGUCUCUGAGCAGUUCCCGAUCGGCCACACCAUGCAAUUCCUUCUCAUCGCCAACGGGUCACGCUUCGUCACCGUUGGCCAGCACAACACAGUCCCCAGUGACGAUCGGUAACCGACAGAAUGUGUUCAUGCCGAUCGGUAGUCCGGCACCGUCCUCAUCGGAUCAUCAUGGUAAAUUUAAGACCAACACACCCAGCCCAAUUAUGUACGGCGGUGGUGGACACGGUAUGAAUUCCACCAGUGCUCUCGGUGGUCCCGGUGGACUAGCUGUUCAACAGCAACCCCCGCUGAUACGACCGGAGUUGCUGAGACCUGCACAACAACCUUCGCUUCAACAACAACAUCAGCAGCAGCAGCAGCAACAACAACAACAACCGAUCGUUUCCCUUCCUCCGACCGGUCAUGCAACCAGUGUGAUUCGGAUAUCGCCAGCAUCCUCCCAUAGUACGACGCAACACCCGGGCCUAUACUCAACCUUUCCCAGUCAACAACAGGUGAUUGUCGAUCCCGGACAGCUGAGUUCGCAACAGCAGCAGCAUUUACAAUCUCGAUUGCAAACCACGGCUGGCGGUCAGCUCAUUCAACCUCAGCAAACGAUCCAAAUCCAGCAAACUAUAGUUCAGCAACCACAUCCUGUUGCGAUAAUGCAACAGCAGCAACAACAAUUACAACAACAACAAUCAGUGACCGUGCCAAAAAACGGCAUUAGCACGGGUUCCAUCUUUCAAUGGCAUACAUUACUUCCGAUAAUCCAAGCUCCGGCCUCGAAAACGUUCGUCCACCACCACCACCAUCAGCCGCAGUCGGGUUACUCCCCGGCUCAGCAGUCCGGCGUUCCGCCGACGGCAACGAUGAUUGCAUCACCGACGGUCAAGAUCUGCACACCGCCACCGUCGGAACCGGCCGUCGACGAUGAUUGCGACGACGAUCAGGGAGAUGAUGAUGUUUUUGAAGCAGAGCCCGUGAAAACCAAUUGCAACAGUAACAACAAUCAAAUGGCCGGAAGAGACAACUUUCAGAGCACGGCUGGUGGAAACCAGCUGCUCCGUGGAAUGGACAUCGAAUCCAGUGCGGGUUCGUUCACCAAUCAGAACCUAGCCGGUACCCCGCAGGGUACCGGAGGCGGAGCAAACAACAACAACAACAACAGCAGCAAAGCGGACAACGACUCACUAGUCAAACGACGCACACAGUCCUGCAGUGCAGCGCUGCAGGCAGCCAACAACAGCGCUGGAGGACCGACAGCCAAGGAUCCCAAGAGUCCCCUGAACAAGAAGGAUGCGAAAAUUCGUCGUCCGAUGAACGCUUUCAUGAUCUUCUCGAGAAAGCAUCGCACCUUGGUGCACCAAAAACAUCCCAAUCAGGACAAUCGUACUGUAAGUAAAAUUCUCGGCGAGUGGUGGUACGCCUUGAAACCGGAGGAAAAAACAAAAUACCACGAACUGGCCAGCGAGGUGAAGGAGGCACACUUCAAAGCCCACCCCGAGUGGAAGUGGUGUUCGAAGGAUCGCCGUAAAUCGUCCUCCUCGACGAAGGAUGGUCGCGGUCGGAUGGAUUCGUUCGAUGGGAACGGUUCGUUCGAUGAGAAAAGUCCCACGACUCCGUCGGAACUUGGCGUGACGGGUUCAUCAGCAAGCCAACUGAACGACAUCAUUCCCACCACGAUUGCACCGUACAACAGCAGCAGCAGUGGCCAUGGUGAUGAGCCCAACGACGGUGGCGGUCGAACGGUCGGAGUAGACGGCACUGGACCGGAGAAGAUGGAUCAAGACGACGGAACGAUGUCCGAUGACGAUCAGCAGAUGGUGAUUGCUGAAGAUUCCGCACUGCAACCGAUCGCCGAAACGGUCGAAAUUGAUCUCAAAUGUGCGGAAAAGGUGAGCGAUUUUGAUGCAGACGAUGACACUGGCGCUGGCGAAUGCGAGAACUACGGCGGACGGAGUAAGGUUUCAGAUUCAAUGGUUUCAACAGGUUCCAAUCCGAACGAGGGCAACCAGACGGUUCCAACAGACUACUCGAAAACGGCGACUGCACCGAUUCCGGCUGGCUGUGGUAAUAGUAGUAGUAGUAGCUCGGCACCGACAACACCGUCGGAUCCGUUGACGUGUAAACCGAAGCCGAUCAAAGUAGCGCUAUUGCCUCCGCCUGUCUCACACCAAUCGGGUCUGGGCACCGGAGUCACUGUGCAUGGCGACUCGACUGCGAGUGGUCCACCGAAUAUGUUGCAUCAUGGUUUCCAUCAUCAAUCGCUAAGCUACUCGUACGGUAGCCCCAAGAACCCGGUCGGUGUGUCGCCGUUUCAACCCACAGGUGGUGCAUUCAAAACUAUGCCCCAGAGUCCGAAGACAAUUGCUAAACAGCAAGACCAAUACCAAACGGUUACGACCCCAACCACCAUUAAAACAGAGCCGACAGACAUUCUGUGCAAUAAUAAUAACAAUAACAACAUGAACAAAAUUUCUUCGAAUGGCGAUAUUUUCAACUUUUCGACCGCUUCGAUCAAAGAGCUUCAACAGCAGCAACAACAGCAGCAGCUCCAACAACAACAACAACAACAACAACAGAUGGUCUCAUCGGACAGUAAAUGUAAAUCGAUAAGUUUAAAUCCCAUUUGCUAUACUAUCAGCUCGAAUGUCAAUGGUAACACUUCUAACAACAAUGCUACCAAUAGCUGUACUACCAGUGCAAAUGCUAACAAUAGCAAUAACACUAUACUGAUGAGCAUGAAACAAGGUAAAAUACUAAUGGAUGUUAUCACCACCACCACCACCUCUAAUCGUACUACUACUACUAAUAAUAACAAUAAAAAUAAUAAUAAUAAUAGUAAUAUAAAUGAUCUCGCUCACCAUCCUCCAACAACAACUCAUCUAGAUGUUAACCAUCAUUCAACUCAUGAGCUUUCAUCAUCCAAAACACUCUGCAUCCAAACUAAUAGUGUCGAUAAUGAAAAUGCUACUGCUACUACUACAUGUGCUACUACUACUUCUACUACUACCACUGCUAAGUUUCCCACUAGUGCUACUACCAGUGUUGUUCAUGUUGUAAAUAACGAUAGCAAUAACAGUAAUAAUAUUAAUAAUAAUAAUAAUAACAUUAGUACCAGUAACGUCAUUGUUCAUCAUGCUAACACCACAACCACUACCACCACCACAGUCAAUAAUAAGCCAUUGAAUGUUGUGAAUGUUGUAACUGUAACAGCAAGUCCCGGCAGCAACGGACUGACCAGUACUAGUGUUAGCAAUACCACCAAUACCAGCAGUAGCGGUAACAGCACCGGCGGUGGUAGCAUGGUUUUCUUCAGUCCAAACAGUGCAAUUCUAAGGUCAACGAUUGGCCAAAAUCAGACGCAGCUUCAGCAAUCAACAACCAAGUCACUGAUAGGGAAAAUUAAGCUCGAAAAGGAUGACAGCUCACCGACGGUGUUGUAUGAAACAAUUCUGAUCGAAAGACGUGAACCACGAUCGGCACUGAUUGCCACUCCGAUUGCGACAGCCAAUUCCACAACAGCACAAUCCACCGGGACUGGCAUCAUCGUUCUAACGCCAGCUUCCCUGAACGAACUACUCCAAAGUAAUUCCAGCAUUCGGGAUGUCAGCAAUUGCAAGGACCAAAUGCAUCCUCCCAUCGCGAAGAAGCUACUGCUUGCUAGUAGCAACGGAACCGUUGCGGGACUUACGCCGACUCCACCAACUACCCCACUAAUCAAUAAUUUGUGUACCAAUCUCCUAACCACUACAGCAAAUUCUUCUUCUACUACCACUACUACUACUACUAGUACUACUACUACUACUACUAAUUCUAAUAACACAACUAACAGCAAAAACCACAACCUCAACCAUAUCAAGCAAUCGAUUAUAAUGCUAAAUCCAACAAAUUCAACAGUUGUGCCCUCGCCAUCGGCAUUAGGACUCCAGCAUAGUCAGCAACAGUAUUCCUCCGCAGCUGGAGGUGUUGGCGGAGGGACCGGAGCAACCGGUGAGAAUGGCGGCCCGGCUGCUAUUCUAACGCCGAACCAGUUGCUGGCAGCCGCGGCCGGUCGCCAGAAGUUCAUGCUGGCAGUGAAUGCCAACAAUUCGCAGUUUGCAUUCGUCCUACCCGAUAGCCAGCAAUACGCGCUUAACGACCGCUCGAAACUGUACGCCAAUGUGUCCGUCUCGUCAUCUACCUCUUCCUCAUACGUUGCUUCCUCUUCGACACCUUCUUACACCACCUCUUCCUCUGCUUCCUUAUCCUCUUCCAACGUGCCAGGACUAUCCGCUUCAACCGCUUACACACUAACCCCAUCCUCGAUGGUGCAGGGCCAGCAACUGAAGCCAACCAUAUCGUCAAGUACAACCACAACAACACUCCAGCCAGUACAAUAUUUGAUACAGGGAAAGAUACCGAAUCUUCUGAUCUCUGCCGCCACACAGGGCUACCAACAGCAGCAGCAGCAACAACCACCACAGCUAAUCACUAUCAAACAGGAACCGCCCGAAUCCCCUGGUGGUCGAAAUCUACCCGCAACACCAAAUUCCUGCUCGUCUGGUACCCAACUGCAAACAACGGAUUCCGGAGACCAGCAAAUACCGGUCCCUGCAGGAACACCGGACGAAACUGACGAGGAUUUUGAGGCUCCCGAGAGUAAAAAGUUUAUUCUGGCUCCUACUCCAGCACAGCUCGGGCGAGCACCGCUACAACGGCGUCAAAUGAGCACCAGCGGUACCCCGAACAAUGGCUCUGGGGGGCUGCAAUCGAACGUCGGCGGUCAUAAUCGUGACGACAGCAACAACGGACCAUCAUCACAAAUGCCAUCUGCACUGCCAACGCCCACGUCAGCCUCGAUCGACGAAUUCCAGAGUCCACAAAUCUCGCCAACAACCAAAACGAAGAAUUUCUUCAAGAAGGUCAAACCGGAUGAUAUGGAUAAUGUCCUUAGGCAGGUUGAUUUUGAAAAGAAAUUUAAAACGCUACCCCAGUUCAAACCAGAGGACUGCCAGUCACCCAGUGCAAUCUCAGUGCCAUCGUCUCCCCGGGUUUUUACCCAAAAUUAUCGUAAAAAGCAAUCGCAACAACAGCAACAACAACAACAGCAACAGCAGCAGCAGCAACAACAACAACAACUUAAUACACCUUUGGAAGACGAACACCACCACCACCAGUCUCAACAACAACAGCAGCAGCAGCAGCAACAGCAACAACAACAACAGGUCCAACAGCAUCAUCAGCCGCAUCCCCCGCCACCACUUACGUCGGAUAGCAGCGCACCGUUGUCUUCCACGGCAACACCUUCCAGCUCCUACAUCAUUGGCAAUCGAUUCUUCGGACCGGACUUCAACAUGGAACAGUACAAAGGUUUCUUCUCUGUCGUAGACAUGUCCGCAGAUAACGCGGACCGCUCGCCCCGGACACCGAAAACGCCGUCGGCUCGGUCAGUCAAUUCCGCCGAGGAGAAAGGGCACCGAAAAAUACUCGAGCAACGACGCAAUCUGGUGAUGCAGCUGUUCCAGGAACAAGGCAUGUUCCCAUCAUCUCAGGCGACCAACAACUUUCAGUUGGCCCACAGUGACAUCUUUCCGAACAAGCAAAGCUUACAGCUGAAGAUCCGCGAGGUUCGACAGAAAUUUAUGGCCCAACCUCCGGGUUUCACGCCGCAUUCGGCCGGGCCGAUGACGCCGACCGAUCUCGGAGUUGGUACUCCAUCCGAGCAAUCCCAGCAAUCACUUCAACAGCAACAGCAGCAGCAGCAGCAGCAACAACAACAACAGCAACAACAUCAUCACCAUCAUCAUCAACAACAACAGCAGCAGCAGCAACAACAGCAAGAAUAACCAGAACAUGAUUGUAGACCUGUCAUUACAUUUAACAAAAGCAGUUUGAAACCCGUCAAAACUUGGAAGCAUUAAUUUUUAGCAGAUCGUACACGACUUGCGCAUUUGCCGCGACUACAAUAGAUUAUUCUAUCAAAACUAAAUACACACGCACUAUUCAAUAGCCUAAAAGAUUAACUCAUAAUUAAACAAUAGCCUAUACUUUCACCUAACGUUAAAACAUAAGCAGGAAACCCAAUAGCCCUUUCAAUUACCGAAGCAAAUCGCGCGAACGCAAAGUCAUCAUCACUAGGCUCCGCUUCGUUAAGAAAAAAAAACAACUAGCAGAACCUCGACUGACUGAGACCCCCAUCAGUGCCGCCGCGCUAAAGUGCGAAUCAGACCGAGAUUAGUCACCGCUUCCCUAUCCACUAGCCGUGUCAACCUCGAAGCGUCCUCCUCAAAACAAACUCGUCUCUCUGACUAUUUGCUAUCGACUUAUAUAAAAAAAUAAACAACCUGCCCAGCGCAACGGCGUAAAUCAAAUUGGGAGCAGAAACCAGUCUCUUAAAUUAAAAAUUUUAGAGCUUAAAUAAGCGUCACGUGAAAUAAAAUUUAUUAGGAUCCAUUCCGCGACCACGCGAAACGGUAUCUAGUGAUCUUAGUUGGUAAGAUUCCGUAGAAAAGAAUAAUUAAAAAUAUACAGAACACGGGAGUGUUUUAGGUAAGAAGAUGAUAUAAUAUUAAAGCAAAUUUUGUAAAUACUAUUGCCAAGUUGUCUUUAAAAGAGAUAGAAAUAACAUUAGUAGAAAGUACAAGAAUUUAUAAUCAAAUUUUACGGUGUGUUGUAUAACAGACACAAACAAACAAACAAACACACACACAGAGAGAAACAUACGAACGUGAACAUUAUCAAGUGUCGUUUCACAUCUCACAACAUAGGAUCAUUACCGGUUUUCUUACGAGGAAAGCUACUCCACCCCGAUGCUAACUCUCAUCAAGUGUUCAGCUUGUUCCUGGUUCGAUGUCUACUAGAAUCAUUCUCUCUACUUUCCCAACCCACCUCAUACCUCAGACAACCAACUUUUUCCAACUUUCAUCAACCGUGUGCAUCGUGCAAACCACGUUUUAUCCAUUAACCUAGUAAGGUAUCUGAACACACACUUUUAAAACCAAACGAAAACCUUCGACCAUUCCCCAGCAACAUUUCAAAAACAUUGAGGAAUAACAUAUAAAUAGCCAGAGAAAAAUCAACUUUGCAUAGCACAUUUUAGAGGAUCUACAGGCGAAUCGCACCCUGAAUCACGACAAGAAAAAAAAACAACAACAAAAUGUACUCGACAGAAAAAGGCCCCAUUGGUAUUUACGAUUUGCCUAGCAACGCUUGACUAAAAAAGAAGAAACAAACAGCAAGCGGCUGGAAGGAGACGAAAAUUGAUCGGGACUAGACCGAACGAGAAAUCGGCGACUGCGCCGGUAACACAUUACCUAAGCAAAAUAUUAUAGUAAACAUGCCAAUGCCCCGUUUGUUUCUAUGAAUGUUGUCUUUGAGGAUGUAGUUGAGCUAAUAUUUAUAAAUUAAUGGAAGCCCAGUUUGAAUAUAAAAAUAACAAACCAACCAAUAAGACUAUAAACUAGUCUAAUAACUGAAGGAACAGCUAAACAAUUAAUUUGUAGACAGAACCAUUUGGAUAGAAGGGUACAAACCGUAAGCGAGCCCGAAAUGUCAAAAAAACAGACAAGAAAUAAUUACAGUUGUAUGAAAGUUUGUGAUAUGCAAACACCUACACACACACGUUUGAAAAUGAAGAAGAAGAAGAAGAAGAAGAAGAAAAACACAUUGUAAAAAUUAUAUUGGACAUUUGAAAUAUAAAUGCAAAAGUGAAAAAAAAUGAAACAAGAAAAGUAAAGGCAUUGAAGUUGAAACAUUGAACAAAA